ACACUUGCAUAAGAGGGUGGGUGGGGCUCGUUGCUUGCAAAAGAUGGGAGGCAAACAGUCAUCAACAACUGGAGUGGCAUCCAAGAGCAACUUUAAGGGUGCGCUGACAGCCAACCUUGACAAACAUAGAGACACUGUUCUCUACUGCUCAUUUAGUCCAGAUGGAAAGCUACUGGCCACCUGCUCUGCUGAUAAAACAAUAGUAAUCUGGGACACUAAGACUUUCAAGAUGAAGCAACAACUAAAAGAUGGGCAUAGCGACGAGAUCACAGCUGUUAGUUUUUCAUCAGACUCCUAUCUACUCCUCUCUUCAGGCAGAGACUGCAGAGUGAUACUUUGGGAUCCAAAAUCUGGCCAAAUGUUGCAAAAGGCUCGCCGGCAUCAAGGAGGGAUACUGCAUUGCUCUUUUGCACCCGAUGACCACUUGAUGUUUUCAACCGCCUCAAUCGAUAAGACAGCAGCUGUGUGGCAGAUAAAAGGCCCCAAAAUGGAGAAGAAAGAACUUGUGGGCCAUAAAGGAAUCGUUUUUCAAGCGUGCUUUUCUCCAGAUUUAGUCACGUUGGCAACCUGUUCAGAAGAUAAGAGCAUCAUUAUUUGGAAUCGAAGGACUUGCAAACGACUCUGCAAAUUGAGAGACAAAUACAGCCGUAUUUUGACUUGUCAGUUCUCGCCUGAUGGGACUAUGAUUGCUGCUUUGGUUGACGGUGAGAGGGUUCGCAUAUGGAAUACAGUGCACAGAGCGAUAGUAAACGUGUUGGAGGGUCAUCACAUCCAGCCAAUUCUAGCCUGUGCUUUUAGUCCGGAUGGAGAGACAAUUGCCACAGCUUCAGGAGACAAGACGUUUGCACUAUGGGAUUCUCUGACUGCACACACACCACCAGAGUUCCAUUCAAAGGCCCAUGAGGGCUGGGUUCAAGCUGUGACAUUCUCUCCCGAUGGUCGAUUCUUAGUCACUGGCUCAACAGACAAUACAGCAAAUGUAUGGAUUAUGCACCCAUAGAAUGUGUUUUAUUUUUGAUUCUAUAAAUGUCAUUCUUUUGUAAAAAUGAUUAUGAAAAUAAUUCACUGU